CGGGGGCCAGGUUCCCCCUUGACAAAGUUGGAUGGGAAACUCUUCCUCCGCGCGCUUGAACAAGGAGGAGAUGAUCGCCGGGUUCUGCUAUGGCACAUGGAACAAGCCAUCCAAUCCAGAGUCAAACCCAUACAGUUGAAAGGAGAGCAUCAUUCCAACAUUUUUUGCCUGGCUUUCAACAGUGGCAACACCAAAGUAUUCUCUGGAGGAAAUGAUGAGCAAGUUAUCCUCCAUGAUGUUGAAAGCAGCGAGACCCUGGAUGUGUUUGCCCAUGAAGAUGCGGUAUAUGGUUUAUCGGUGAGCCCAGUGAAUGACAACAUUUUUGCCAGCUCCUCAGAUGAUGGCCAGGUUCUCAUUUGGGACAUCAGAGAGUCUCCCCAUGGAGAGCCCUUCUGCCUGGCCAACUACCCAUCAGCCUUUCACAGUGUCAUGUUUAACCCAGUGGAGCCCCGGCUAUUGGCCACAGCCAAUUCAAAGGAAGGAGUGGGCCUCUGGGAUAUUCGGAAACCUCAGAGCUCUCUCCUGCGCUAUGGUGGCAACUUCUCCCUCCAGAGUGCCAUGAGUGUUCGAUUCAACAGCAACGGAACCCAGCUGCUGGCCCUGAGGCGCCGCCUGCCCCCUGUGCUCUACGACAUCCACUCCCGUCUGCCUGUGUUCCAGUUUGAUAACCAGGGCUACUUCAACUCUUGCACCAUGAAAAGCUGCUGUUUUGCUGGAGAUCGUGAUCAAUACAUCCUAUCAGGCUCUGAUGACUUCAACCUGUACAUGUGGAAAAUUCCUGCAGAUCCAGAAGCAGGUGGCACUGGCAGGGUGGUCAACGGAGCCUUCAUGGUGCUGAAAGGCCAUCGGUCUAUUGUGAACCAGGUCCGCUUUAAUCCCCACACCUACAUGAUCUGCUCCUCUGGGGUAGAAAAGAUUAUCAAGAUCUGGAGCCCCUACAAGCAGCCAGGAUGUACGGGAGACCUCGAUGGUCGGAUUGAGGAUGAUUCUCGCUGCCUCUACACCCAUGAGGAAUACAUCAGCCUCGUGCUCAACAGCGGGAGUGGCCUGUCUCAUGACUAUGCCAACCAGUCGGUGCAGGAGGACCCCCGCAUGAUGGCUUUCUUUGACUCCCUGGUCCGCCGAGAGAUUGAGGGCUGGAGCUCCGACUCCGACAGUGACCUCAGUGAGAGCACUAUCCUCCAGCUGCAUGCUGGGGUCAGCGAGCGCUCGGGCUACACAGACUCUGAGUCUUCAGCUUCACUGCCCCACUCCCCACCCCCUACAGUGGACGAGUCUGCUGACAAUGCCUUCCAACUGGGACCCCUGCGGCUCACCACCACAAGUGUGGUGACCUCAACGCCGCCGCCGCCGCCACCUACGUGCGAGGAUGCUGCCUCUCGCCAGCAGCGCUUGUCUGCUCUGAGACGCUAUCAGGACAAGCGCCUCCUGGCCCUGUCCAACGAGUCUGACUCUGAAGAGAACGCCUGUGAGGUGGAACUAGACGCGGAUCUCUUUCCUCGGCCAAGGUCACCCAGCCCUGAAGAUGAGUCCAGCAGCUCCAGCAGCUCCAGCAGCUCUGAGGAGGAGGAGGAGGAGGAGCUCAAUGAACGUCGAGCCUCCACCCGCCAACGAAAUGCCAUGCGGCGCCGGCAGAAAAUAGCCCGAGAAGAGAAGCCCAGUGCCCCAGCCAAGCCCGCCAGCACCUUCAUUGGAGAGGACAACUACGAUUACCCCCAGAUCAAAGUAGACGACCUGUCCUCCUCCCCGGCCUCUUCCCCUGAGCGCAGCACCUCCACUUUGGAGAUUCAACCAAGCCGAGCCUCACCAACCUCUGACAUAGAAUCAGUUGAGCGAAAGAUUUAUAAAGCUUACAAGUGGCUGCGCUACUCCUAUAUCUCCUACUCAAGUAACAAAGAUGGAGAGACCUCCCAGGUGGUGGGGGACACAGAUGAUGGGAGAGCAGGAACUAGCCACAAGGACAGCCCAACCCCCUCUUCCAGUACGGAGGUCUGCCUGAGCCCAGCCACGGCCCAGAGAAAUCAAGACCUGCCCCCCGAAGGCCACAGCAAGGAUGCUUUGAAAGAAGGGACAUCUUCUAGAAACCCCAGCAAUGGCCCAGGCCCUGAGCAGAGCGGCCAUGGUUGGGCAGAGGUGCCAGAGGGGACCUCUCAGGACAUUAACAAUAAUGGCUCUGUGGAACACCCUUUUGAAACCAAGACGCUCAAUGGAAAAGCUUUCAGUAAGGCCAUGAACAGCCGAGCUGAGGAGCCGCCCUCUCCUCCUGUCCCUAAGGCAUCAGACUCCGCUCCCAGCAGUGGGUCUGGUAACUGCCCCAGGACCCAACCCGAUGACAACGAGGAGAGGACCCUCGAAACCGUCUGUGCCAACCAUAACAAUGGACAUUUACACCCCCGGCCUCCCCACCCCCACAACAACGGGCAGAACUUCGGGGAGCUGGAGGUGGUGGCCUAUUCUUCUGCAGGGCAUUCUGACCCUGACCGUGACAACUUGUCCCUGUCGGGGACACUCCUACACAGAGAUUGUUGUGGGUCUGAGGUAGCCUGUGAGACCUCCAGUGCUGGAAUGAGAGAGGACCCCACUGACCCCCCAGUCACAGACAGCAGCAAUAGAGGUGCCCAUGGCCACAGUGGCCUUAAAAGGCACCGAGCAGAAUUGGAAGAUGGAGAUCCAGAGAAUUCUUCCUCAGAGAAGAAAUUAAAGACAUGAUCGAUACAAAGUGGAAGGGGGGAAGGCUAUAAAAAAUAGCUUUACAGAGGAAAAAAAUCCGGUUUAGUGAACACCGAUGAAAGGGAGAGAGGGAGUAUUAAAGGCACAUGAAAACCAGGGCCUGAACUCUUGUGUCUGAACCUGCUCCCUUCUGUUUAACCACGGGCUUGAAUGUUUAGUAGGCCGUUGGCUUGUACUGUAUUAAGAAAGGGGGAAACAAUCUAGUGAGGCGUAAGCAUAGUGUUUCUGUGCAAGGUUCUGUUCGCAAGUAAAUCCUUGUUGAGAGUUUGACUUCUUGUGUAUGUGUGUGUGCGCGUGCAUGUGCACACCCACUGGCACAUGUGCGUUCCGCACUUUGCCCAGCUGACUUUAAGUUUUCCAUCUGAGUGGAUCGAUAUGGAUGUGUACUUGGUGCCAUCUCACCUGUUACCUCCCAGGCUAUCAAUGUUCUGCUUUUAAUGAGGAGUGCCGCUCAAUUGUGGAUUUAUGCUGGAAAAACAGGAGAAUGGAAACAAGUUAUUGGCCAACCAGUUCUUAAAGAACCCUUCCGUGUUCAACGUAGUAUUGCUUUGAGCAUUUAGUGUGGACGUAUGAGGAUGCUUCAAAAAGUCUGUGGGAAAAUUUCAGUAAUUCCAUUUUCCCACGGACUUUAUGACGUGCCCUUGUACUUAAGGAUGUGGUGCAUUAUUAUUGCUAGUGUGAAGUUAGCACUUACAAUCAAAUUCACAGAGAAGAGAUCUCUGACCCCUCUCACCAUUUGUGAAGUGACUAAUGCUAUACAUUGUGGAGUGACUAAUGCUUUACAUACUCAAUGGAGGCCACGAAGAAGAACCAGCUGUGGGUACCACACUAACCAGCUAAGUUCUGGUUCCUAAAGCCACACCAAAGGCCGCAGAGGCUUCCUUGGCCCCAUGCGAGGGAUCUAGGCAGAUUGAAAGAAGAGAAAAGGGAAGCUAGAAAAAAGUUUGUAUUGAACGCCUAAGGUGAAUGCUUACAGGUGUGUUGAAGAGUAGUGGAGAGUGGUACUAGGUUCAUUUAAUUCAUCUUAAAAACCAUUGGUCAGAAUUGGCAAGACUGGCAUCUUCCCUCAGCCUUGCUGUUGAUAAAGGCUGUGGUGUUGUGACAAGACCUUGCAAAGCAGUAGGCACCUGGGAGUCACAGUUUCUGAGUAGGUCUGUUGGGAGGUCCGGUAUGGGAAAGGAGUUGCUAGUUUAAGCCAGGGCUCCCCAGAGGAGAUGGUCACACUGAGCCAGUUGAUUGGAGAGGGAAAGGCUACCGACCUGGUAUCAGCAAAGGGCUGAGCCAGACAGGAAGAACUAGCGAGGAGUGACCAGCUACUGUGUUAGCAUAGAUAUCCCAAGAAGGCAGACAAUAUUGGCAAGAAUGGAGGAGUGAGAAUGAACAAAACCAUUUUCUUAUAUGCAAAGGCUCUACACAACUUGUGGUCUGGCUGGAACUGGCUUAGUGGAGGCCCUUGUGGUGCCUGAUGGGCCUAUGUCCACCCAGCCUUCCUUUUAGAAGGGGGUGGCCUGCAGCGAGCCUGUGGAGGAUGACGAUUUGGAUGGAUGCAAGAAUUAGGGGGAAAGGGCUAUUUAUAAAAGGAAAUUUGUUGAUCUGAGCCCGAAAGAAGGUGGUAUCCUGCUAAGCUUUUUGCACAAGGAAAGAUUUGCCUGGUGUGUGUGAUGCAAAUUGGGUGUGAAAAUACCGUCUUGGAAGAAGAAGCUUUCCAUUAAACAACUGUGAUCAUUGGGGGAGCGGGUGAAAGCGAUUCUGUACCCAACACCAGAAUUACUUUGGACUUGUAAUCAAACGGUUCUAUGAUUUGUGUUUGGCUAUUCACAGAUAAUUGUAAAUUCUGGUUUUAUAAGCCCAAGUCAUUUUACAUUUGCUUUUCCAAAAUUUAUUAAAUUGGAAUUUUUUAAUUCUUUAUAUACAAAAAAAUA